AGUAUGAGUUGUACGGAACGUUUUCCUACCGAUUGUACGUCAUAACCCUACCGGUACGUUUACACAUCAGUAUUUAUUUUCGAUUUUCUUCUUGUGCAGAUGCUCUCAAGAAACGCUAAGAACCAGUCGUGGAUUUAUUUCCAGUCAUCAGUUCCUCCUCGCCAUCAACGCAACAACCAUUCCUGAAUUCCCGCAACAAAAAUUGAUUGCACGUAUCAUGCUGUUCCAUGAUCAUGUGCUUAGUCGUUCUAUCGUCUUUCCGUCUUCUACUCUACUUAUCGACAUACAAAAUUCUGGUAGAUAUCAGUAGUAUGAAGCUUUGAAUCAAAUUUAUACAAAUAGUAACUGUACAAAAUAGCACCAAGAAUGGCGCCAACCGACUCUGGGGGAACGGCGCCGAUGGAAACAGACCACGGCGAAUCCUCGUCAAGUUCUAAUGGCAAAUCAUCACAAAACCGGCAAGAAUGGGGGCAAGAACACAUGGCACAUACCGGGGAACGAUAUCUGGUCCUGGUUGAGUUCGUCUACCGACAUCUGAAUUUUCAGAUGGCAGAGCUCGAAUCGAUUCUGGAAACAUUUGAUAUCGCCCUGGGUUCCGAAAAAUGUCGGCUGCACCCUCUACCGAUUCCGCUAGAGGAGGGAUCUCUAGAAAUCGAGGCGAAGAAUCGAGCCUUUGUCAUCCUGUCUUUUCCGAUCGCCGAUGCCCAAAAGUGGUCGGGGCUGGCACUGCAAACCCCCGAGGAGCAGCGGAAAAACAUCCGGUUCGAGCCACGCAUCGAAAUCGGGGCGUCGUCCUCCUCUGCCGCUUCGAAACUCUCCAUUGCCGACAUUCUCUAUAAGUGUACGCUGGUCAAAUCGGUGGUGGAAUUGUGGGGGUAUUCCUCGUCCAGCCUGGAGGAGUGCGCCACGCGGACCCUCGAAUGGGUUCAGCGCAAACAAAACAACAUCGAAAGUGCCAGCGAUCGGCCUUCACCGCUAGCACCCUCCUUUCAGAAGGAACACCUGUGGCCGUCGGUCUUCGCCAAUCCUGAGCAGCCGUGGAAAUUCACUAUCCACACGCUCGGAACCAAGGUCCAUCGCGACGAACAGGACAAAAUGCGCCAGACCUUUCGAAAGACGCUUGAUUGCAUCGAGGGCCCCGUCCGGUUGAAGGAUCCGACCGCACAGGAAUUUCUCUUGAUCCGCGAGAUCCAGCUGGACGGAAAGGGGAGCCCGCUGUGGGCCAAAACGGAAAAGACGACAACAACAACUGGCACAGAAACCUCGCAACCCAACCGUGAGUUCAACACCGACGCCAUUGCCUACUAUUUCGGUCGCGUUCUGGGGGGCCGGACCCGCAGCAGCGACGGCUCCCGUGGCAUCGACCACUACUCACUCAAGACCCGGCCCUAUCUGGGACCGACUAGUAUGGAUGCCGAGCUCUCCUUCGUCAUGACUAGCCUCGGAAGGGUCACCUCAUCCACGAUUGUGUACGAUCCCUUUGUCGGGACUGGGAGCAUCCUGCUCUCCUGCGCCAUGCGGGGUGCAUACUGCAUCGGGUCCGACAUCGACAUCCGUGUGCUGCGCGGGAAGGGUGGAGACAGGACCAUCUGGAAGAAUUUUGACUACUACGGGCUCCCGAGGCCGGAGAUUCUCCGGACCGACAACGCCCUCUACCACCGUCAUUUUCGGCACCACACUCCAGGCGACUCUGUGGAGGACGAGGACGAAAGUGUCGUGGCACCAACCCUCUACGAUGCCAUCUUGUGCGAUCCGCCCUACGGGAUUCGGGCGGGGGCCCGCCAGACCGGAUCCAGGCUCGAGAAUCCCCGGCCGAUCCUGGAGGAGAACCGGCACGACCACAUUGCCCAGACCAAGCCGUACGUCGUCUCGGACGUCAUGUCCGACCUGCUCGACGUGGCGGCCCGGACUCUGGUGGUCGGCGGCCGGCUGGUCUACGUCAUCCCGUCCUUCCGGGACUUUGACGAGGAAAGGGACCUUCCGAGGCACGACUGUCUCGAGCUCGUACACACGUGCUACCAGCCCUUCUCGACGGAGCUCGGCCGGCGGAUCGUGGCCAUGGAAAAGGUGUCCGACUACGACCCGCGCAAGCGGCAGACGUACCUGUCAACGAUCUGGAAGUUUGGGGCGGAGUCGGCCGAGAAAUGCGCCAACCUCCGGGAGAAAAUCAUGGAGGCCGCCAGGCUGAAACCGGGGUACGAGGAAAAGGCCAAAAUUCGGAAGGAAAAGCGGAGGGCAAACAAGGAGGCCAAGAAACAAGAGAAACGCGCCAAGCGAGCCGCGGAUCAGCGAGCUCUAGAAGUACAAAAUCAGCAAUAGCGACACGGUACAACCUGAUGGGGCUGAAUGGAAUCGAUCAAGUGGAACCAGACACAAAGAGAUCCGAAUAUUCUUUCUGCUGGUAAAGGAUUUUUCGAAUUUUCAGUAAUUAUUUACCGGCAAUGAUUCCAUCAGGUUCUUACGCGCUAUAAUUAUACCGUUUUCAUUGCCUACAAAAGCACCGCAUCAAUAGACUCAUUCCACUUCA